GAAAGGAAGACAAACAUUGGUUCUCGCCUCGGGCAAACCGAGCUCUGUUUUUUUUUUAUUUGGCGCUGUCAAGAAACAAAAACCCAUCUCAUCCUCAGUUUGGUCUUCUUUUUCGUUUAAUUGAUCUAUCUCUGAUGGAAUCAGCUUAACAGAGGCAGCAGACGAGAGACAGAGGCAAUGGUGCGAGAGAGGGAGGAGGAUCGAAGGAAAGAGAACAGAUUAAUAGUUCACUGCUCCGCUUAUCCCUUCCCAGCUGUAAAUGAGUCGAGUUGUUCACGAGCAACUCAACGUUUGUUAGAAAAAAUACGUUCAUAACUUGACUCGUUUACGUACCAAUGAGUCGAGUUUGAGCUAAGUCGUGUUCGUAUUGCGAAGCAAACAAGACAGCUCGACUCGGUGGCUUGUUGAGCUAAACUGAUCUUGAGCUGGCUCGUUUUGAGUUUAUGAGAUGUCUCGACUUUGUGACUAGCAAGCCAACUCAAUUACCGACUAUUGAGCGAAUCCAUCUAUACCUUACGAGUUGGUUUGUUGAUAAUUCAUAUGUUUGUUAAAAAUUACAAAUAUCACCUCAUAUAAUGUUUAAGACUUUGAGUAUGUGAGCAAAUAUGUCACGUAUAUGGCUUGAAAGAUAUGUGCUAGUAGUUGUUGAUACAGACUAGUUAAAAUUUAUGUGCUAAAUAAUGUGAUAUGAAUCGAGUAUGUAAAUAGGUUCGAUUUGAAGCGAUGCUAAUGUGCUCAUUGACAAGAUUAAUGCCAAGGAUGAGCGUGACAACAAUGUUGGGGCUAUUAUUGAGAAAAUGUUGCAUAUGUUGGCUCUGAAUAGUGGUUUUCAUGUUUGAUUUGUAGGUCGGAUUAGCAAUAGGGUAGCUUAUCUUGACCUUGUGACCCGGAAGGCCCUUUCUUUGCCUCCGACCUCGUGUCGAUUUUUCUUUUGGUUCCUAGGUUGAUUCCAGGGUGUAACCUUUGAUCUUUCUAUCAAUCUAUAUGAUUUUCUUUUAUUAAAAAAAUCGAGUAUAUAAACGAGAUCAGUUAAUGAUAAAAGAUUGAUUAUCAUACAUGACGUACCAAUAUUAUGGUACUUAUAUGUAAAUUAUUUUAGAGUUUAAUUUAACGGUUCAACUAUCUAUAACAAAUGAGUUGAACUCAAACCAAACCUUUGCUUUUAUUAAUAAUCCAAGUUCAAAACAAACGCGCGAUCCUAUGUUGUACUAAACAAGUCAAGCUCGAAUUCGACUUUAUUCAGCUUUUUAAUAAACAAACCGAGCUCGGACUUGAUGAUUUGUUAACAAAGCUUGCACGACUGUUCUCUGCGGUUUAGAAAAUAGGAGGAUUCGACAAAGUAAGAAAACGAAACACAAGAACACACAUGACACACGAUUUACGUGAUUCACUGAUACAAUGUGCGUUAGCUAGUCCACACAAGCAGGAGAGAACCAGUUUCACAAUGUAUUUUAGCUAGUCCCCGUAACUUCCUGUCGUAUCGACUGAUAGUUCGAUUCAAAUCACAUCAACAAAACUAAGCUCAACCUAAAACGAAAUUCGACUCGACUCCGCUCAUUUGCCUACUAUUCCGACCCCCUUUCUUCUUCCAUUUAUCCUUCAGGAGAGUAGUAAAACGUCAAAACUUGGGCCACUGAACCGGAUGCAAUAAAAUCCGAGCAGUGGCGGACCCAAGAUUGUCGGAGAGGUGUGUCGCCAACAAUCCUGGUCCAAAAGAGGAAUCGAUAAUGGUCGGUCUGAAAUCCAUCUGGGAGCCAAAAACUGAACCAGAAAAUGGCUCAGUCCUAUGAGCCUCUGACGACACUGUUCUCUCUCUUCUCCUCCUCUUCCGCCACAGCCAACAAUAAUUCCACGCCAGCUCGCAUCCUCCUCCUCCUCCUCCCCUUCGAUUCUUCAUCCGCCUCCCGCCACCAUUCCUCCGCACCAAAACCCAUCUCCACAUCGCGCCCGCGACUCGGCUUCCGGAAGCCGUUCCGAUGCCACAGCUGGCGCCGCGGCCGCUACACGGAGGAGGACGAGGAGGAGGAGGACGCCUCCGGCUCAAUUUCGACGGCGACGUUCGGAGCGGCGGUGGACCAGUUCAACCGGCGGCAGUUCUACGAGUGCCACGACUCGCUGGAAGCGCUGUGGAUGGGAGCGGAGGAUGAAGCCAGCAGGACUCUGUUCCACGGGAUCCUCCAGUGCGCCGUCGGAUUCCACCACCUCUUCAAUCAGAACCACAAAGGAGCGAUGAUGGAGCUCGGGGAAGGAUUGUGCAAGCUGAGGAAGCUGAAUUUCCAGACCGGGCCGUUCCGGCGGUUCGAGGAAGAGAUCUCGGCGGUGCUCGAGUUCAUCUACUUGACUCAGCUGCAACUCGCCGCUUGUACAGAGGAUAUUUGUUUGGCGAUGGAUCAAACGGAGAUAUCGUACCAACUGCUGGGAGGGUAUGGCGCCGGGCAGAAGCUGUACGGUCUGGAGAUGGAGACGGAGCAAAGCGGAGGCGGCGGGGUGAGUACUUUCGUCACGUUUGUGCCGCCAUUAACGUCCGGCGACAAGCAGAAGGUGAAGCUUCCUACACUUGGCGCAACUCAUGAACACCUCCUUGCUAUAACCCGACGACGUUAGAAGAACGUCAAUCCAAAAAAAUUGUUGUAUAGAAAGUAAAAAGUAAUGAUACCAAUUGCAACACCUAAGAGAAGCACUCGAAUCAAUCCAGCUAUGGUGCUCACAACACAAUCUUCGAGCAAAUGCUUUCGGAUAUUGUGAGCGCAUUGGAAUCAAGCCUUGGACGACGACGUCUAUCCAACAAUCAUGAGCGUUUUGCGUCCGAUCUAACGACAUGUAGUGCCUAUGUUAGGUGUUGUGAGCACCAUAAGCGAGUUGCAAAUACUUGCCUCUUUUUUUUUUUGGGGGAUUGUUUUUAUGGAGCUGCUGGUCGGAGGAGGAGGGUCUCGCUUUGAUCAAAAGGGACACUUGAUCUACCUAGUUAUAAAUAAUUUGCUAGGCAACAUACUCCGAGUCUUUCAUCCACAUUAGAGAUGACAAUUUUAUUUGAUAUGUUUGACAUGUUUUAGGCGGGGUGAGCAUAAACCAAUCCUCGAUCUGACUCGUCUCAUUCACGGCUCAUUUUUUCUUUUUUUCGUUGAAUAGUUUCUUUAAUUUUUUUUUCUAAAUUUCAUGUAAUUGUAUUCAAAUGAUUUAGGAUUUUACUUGUAUUACCUCGUAUUUUAAGCUAUAAUAAAAUUAAAAAUAUGUGAGAAGCUCAAUUUCUCGAAUAAUUUAAAUACAUUUAUCAUAUUAUAGUUUACUUUCUUUUUUUUAAUUAAAAAAUUAAUAUCUUUUUUAUAGAAUCGACAUUUCUUGAUCUGUGCUCAUGAUAAAUUAUCUUACCCGCCCUGACCUGCCCAUUUCCGUUCUAAUCCUACUCCACAUAGUCCAUAGGCCAUCUAUCAUGGGCCGGCGCAACAAACAUGGGCCACACACUGGGCGGCCCAGAUCCAUCCUUACGACCGCGAGGGCCUAACAACAACAAAAAAAUUCACAUACACAAGAGCUUUUUAUUUUACCAAGAAAAAAGAAAGAAGGAAAAAUAAAUAAGUGCUUCUUCGGUUCUCUUCACACGCAGAGCAGGGGGAACUUGGAGCGAGGUCAGCAGCGAGAUGGACUGAAAAUCACUUGGAGAUGCAGUUCGUCCGGCGUCCGAAGUAGUAUUCAGUUGAGCUCCUUGGGUGACAUUUCCCCCCGCCGAUGACUACUCCCGGAAGGUACUUCUUGUGCACAGAAGAUUUUGAUCAUUUGGCAUUUAAUUAGCAUCAAGCUUUUGAAAAUUGUGUUUCAGGGUCUGUCUUGCAGACCUAAACCGCCAUUCAACUGCCUUGUUUAUCUGAGAUGUUGCUAGGGUCAGUUUAUUGUCUAUUGUGAUGUACUUGAAUUUGGUGGCUUAACUUUGACCUCCCGCGGCAACUGUUCGUCUCUUAGUUGUUGUUCUUGUCGAGCCAGAAAUUGUAGUAGAGAGCGUAGUUGGGCUGAUAUGGUUGAUGUUUUACUGGCUCUUUCAGUGUUUACUUACUUGGGUUUGUGUGCUUGUUCAACGAAAGAAAUGGGUAUCAAUGCAUGGUAGCAAGUGAGCAUGAUUCCUAUCCGAAGUAGGAACCUGAUUCUCAUCACUUUGUUUCAGCAAAUCGGGUGCUGUUCGAUUCAUUUGUAGGAUCAUUUGUGUCCAAAUGUAAGCUGGUUGGUCCGGAUGGAUUCAAUAUAUGAGUCGAGGCCGGUUGCUUGAUUCUUCAAAUAACCUGGCAUCAACGUC